CGCAUGGACUACUAUCGAUGCCCGAACGCAGAACUACUGCACGAAAUCCAACGACGUGGAUACAAGCCGUACGGUAAUCAAGACCAACUCAGCGAGGGCUUGCGGAAGGACGACGACUAUCGAGGGAAUGAUGCGACAACCGUGGAGACGAUAACCAAGGCCUAUGUCCCGCCAAAGGUGAACUUGAUGCGGACCGCAGAAUUCGGCAAGACAAUACCUGCAAGCCUUCUGGUGGGUGAGAGAAUCAUACAUUGGACCAUGAACACGUUCUUCCCGACUUUACAGCUUUUUUUCGAAUCCGGGCUCUCGUGCACCAUUGACGGCGGACGACUAUCCGACGCCGCCGUUGACCUCGAUCCCAAGCUUCGAUUCCGCCUGACGGACUGCACCCAUGAGGAAGACGGGCUCCUCGUGAAGACCCCGCUGCCAGAGAAGUUUGUAGGUCCGACACCGUCCAUCGGGAUCCUCGAAGCCGUGAUCGGGCAACGAACGAGCAUUGCCGUCAAGUAUGUCAAGCCCAAGCCGCCGGAGAUCAACGGACUGCUCUCGCCGCCCCAGCUGCAAGCCACUAUCGUACAAGAAGUACACAUGGUCGUUGGCCUGCGCCUCGAAGGCAUGGACCGGAUGGAAUUUGUCUGGGCUAAGACCUCUUUUCCUACCACCCCCAUCGCCGACCGGACAUGGGGCGACGUAAGGAUUGCCGGACUGCGAGACGACAUCCCAGUCCCAUUCUUCGGUUUCCCCCAGAAGCAGACCAAAGCAGGCGGCGAAGCAGUAGUGGUGACGAAAAAGAGUAUGGUC